AUGGGCGUCGCAACCAGCCCCCCACCGCACGCCGAGGUCGACCCCUCUAGCCCCCCACCGCCCUCCCCAACCCCAUGGCAACUCUCCAUGUACCGCCUCUCCCCCGGCGAACGCCUCCUCUACUACCUCUACCUCCCCCUCCUCUCCACCAUCCUCAUCCUCCUCGCCCUCCUAGCCUCCCUCCCCUACAUGUUCUGCGAACGCUCCCGCCCCCUCCUCCCCAAACGCUCCCCGCCGGACCCAAAACACCCAGAGAGUAAAUACGAAUGGUACGGUCCGGAGAAGGAUUAUCCCCCUGGUUUGGCGCUGGCGCCGCUGGGCAAGGGGCCGGGAUUGAAGAGGAGGAUGUGGGAGAUGUAUGGGUAUUUUAGAGAGUUUUGGUAUAUGACGACGAGGCAGGGGCUGCAAGUGAAAAAGUACCAAGACGCCCUCAGCGGCGGCGACGCCGAACCGUCAGACUAUUCCAAAAGCGACGACAAGUGCGCCUACAUAGUCGGGACAGGUAUCGCCAACUGGGGCGACUUACAAGAACCUCUCGCAUGGUACGGAUGUUACCACGGUUUCCUCUGCCUCCUCUGUAUCUGCCUCAUCGGGGACGAGCUUUUCAACGUCCGCUUUGGGGCUUUUGCGCCGCAGUGGUUUAGGGGUGGGAUAGGGUAUACUAUCAUGUUCCUCGUCUCUGCUACACUAUCCACAAGCCCUAACUGGGGUAUCAACGACUUUAUCCAACUCCGCUACCUCCUCCUCACCGUCAUCUUCCUCUUCGGCCUCUACCAAGUCCUCCGCACCCUCGCCUCCUCCAUCGGCAUAACCACCUCCGGCUACCGCCACACCGACUACCGCAUCGGCCGCAAGCCCCUCCGCCCCUGGACCCAAUCCGAGUGGCUCGACCCGUACUACCGCCAAAAUUUCAUCCCCUUCCAAUUCGACCGCUAUUUCUGGACCGAAAGGGUGCAGGCCAAGAUUGGGGAUUGGAAUUUCCCGGCGGAGAGGCGGCCGAGGGAGGAUGUGGAGGAGCAGAUGGAGUGGUUGGAGAGGAAUAGUAAGGGGGGGGAUAGGAGGUUGGUGGAUAUGAGGGUGCAGAAGGUGUAUCAGAAGACGCCGCAGGAGAUCAAGUGGCAGCACGGCAAGAUCGGUCGGACAAUAAUCCACGGCGGCCCCAAAAAAAUGCCCCCCUUCAUGCUCGACGACCUCCAAGCCCGCGAACGCGCCCACCUCGGCCAGCUCCCCUCCUCCCCCCCGCCCACCUCGGCAGAACAAGACGAAAUCAUCAAGGCCUGGAACGAGGACAAGUUUUACUUUGGGAUUGCGAAUUGGAAGCCAAAGACGAAGAGUUUUGGGUGGUGGUGGUUUGAUGUGAGGCGGGCGGUGGCGGUGGUCUGUGCGCUGGGGUUGAUGGGGGUUAGGAUUGGGUUGUGUAUUUUCGACCUAGCAUCCUCAAACAUGCACGCCUACCGCCAAGAAUACGACCAAGCCCAAGAUACCUGGGACAGCACCGACAGCGGCGGGCCCGACGGGAGUACGUGCCAGUACUACCAAGGCAGCAGUCUUGCCAUCUUUGCGGUUUUGGGCGAAGAAUCGUAUUACGGCGUUACCGCCAAGUACGUCCCUCCUCCCCUCCUCCCCUCCCUCCCUCCACCCCCCGCCCCAAACCCCCAAGCUAACGAAAAUAAAAGCAUGAUCUGGCUCGCCAUCUGGCACCUCCACCUCCUCGGCAUGUGCACCGCCAUCAUCCUCGUCGCCAUCUCCAACAACAUGUGGUGGGGCAUGCACUGGCCGUUCCCGCCCAUCACGCUCAUCGGACCGCGCAUGACGAGUAUGUCUAUCGGGGUGACGAUGGGGUUUGUGGCGUUUGCGACUUUGCAGCAGGGGUUCUUUUUUGGGAAUGAUUCGUUGAUUGUGAUAACGAGGAGCAUCUGUUAUGCCUCUGUCGUAGGAUUCAUCCUCUUCCUCUACCCCAACGAGCCCCUCCGGAUCAACUACACCCGCGACCCCUUCUGGCCCUGGACCUCGCGCGUCGCGUUCAGGUUUAUGGACCGCAAGAAGGUGCAUUAUGAGUUGAAGGAUUUCGAUGAUGCGCAGGGAUAG